AUGAUGUUCAGCCUGCUCGUCUUGACCUAUUCGAUCGCCGGCGCAGCUGAAAUACCUGGAUACGAAAAGCUGCUCGACGAACAGCGCAUCAUCAAAGAACUUGUCGAAAACCCGGAAAGCAAUUAUGACUGGAGGGUCAGACCGCGCGGCAGCUUACAGCCGCCACCUGACGAGGAAGAUCCAACUGGACCCGUGCUCGUCACCGUCAACAUGUAUCUCAGAAGCAUCUCAAAAGUCGACGACGUCAACAUGGAAUACUCGCUGCACUUUACUUUUAGAGAGGAAUGGGUGGACGAGCGCCUUUUCUUCGUGUCGGAUCGUCUUUCCCACAUCGUGCUUUCACCCGGCCAAAAGAUUUGGAUGCCGGACACGUUCUUUCAAAACGAAAAGGAGGGCAAGAAGCACGACAUCGACACGCCGAACGUUUUGAUACGUGUUUUCAACGGAACGGGUCGAAUCCUAUACAGCACGCGGUUGACGUUAACCCUUUCCUGCCCGAUGCGGUUGUCCAAUUACCCGCUAGAUGUGCAAGAGUGCAAGAUCGACUUUGCGUCCUACGCCUACACCACCGACGAUAUUGGUGUCUACAGUUGCCUGAGUACUAUCCUGGAGUUGAAGCGCGAGUUCUCCUACUAUCUGCUGCAGCUGUACAUCCCUUCCUUUAUGCUGGUGGCCGUUUCCUGGGUGUCUUUUUGGCUCGACAAGGACUCGGUGCCCGCGCGUGUAACCCUGGGGGUGACCACGCUGCUCACGAUGACCACUCAGGCGAGCGGCGUGAACGCAAAUCUGCCCCCAGUCAGCUACACGAAAGCCAUCGACAUUUGGAUCGGGGUUUGUUUGGCGUUCAUCUUCGGAGCGCUGCUCGAGUUCGCGCUGGUCAACUGGGCGGCGCGCAAGGAUCUGUGCCAGAAUCGAGGGCGGCGAUCGAGCAAUUUCUUUCAUCGAUUGACCGGCGCUGACUAUGAGCUACCCGCACACGUCGUCUGCUCCUCGGCACCCCAAAGUCUCCUGGUGGCACGACACGUGGCACCGGAAAUACCGCGAAAACAGCCGGCGCAUAGACCUCAUCUCCAGGGCACUAUUCCCCGUAUUUUUCAUCAUUUUCAACCUUUUGGUAUGGGCACCAAGCUGUCCGUCUCGCUUGAGGGGGCUCUUUCCCCGGAGACGGCACCGCGAACCGAUCGCCCGCCUACCUUCGAUCCGCAAGCUGGCUUUGAGCGCCCGCGAAAGGAACGCGUGAUGAAAGCCACUUGGGAAGAGAUGGAGCAGUUCCGGUUGAAGCCUGGACAGCGGGAUUAUUGUGCGCAUCACUUGAUUGACCUUAUGAAGUGUCAGACGAAAAACGCGCCGUUUGCCGGCCACGCUUGCGACGAUCAGCGCGGCGCGUGGGACAAAUGCGAAUACGAGGACCAUUUGAUGCGAAUCAAGGAGUAUGAGCGAGAACGG